CGUUCGGGCGACCAGCGCCUUUCGUUUCAGCUUACUUCAGUAAACUCGGUUGAAAGGCAGAAUGAGUGGACGAGGCAAGACCGGCGGUAAGGCUAGGGCCAAAGCCAAGACUCGCUCCUCCCGCGCUGGCCUGCAGUUCCCUGUGGGCCGCGUGCACAGGCUUCUGCGCAAAGGCAACUAUGCCGAGCGCGUCGGCGCUGGCGCUCCCGUCUACUUGGCUGCUGUGCUGGAGUAUCUGACUGCUGAGAUUCUCGAGUUGGCCGGUAACGCUGCUCGCGACAACAAGAAGACUCGUAUUAUUCCUCGUCACCUGCAGCUGGCUGUCCGUAACGACGAGGAGCUAAACAAACUGCUUGGAGGAGUUACCAUCGCUCAGGGUGGUGUGCUGCCUAACAUUCAGGCCGUCCUACUGCCCAAGAAGACCGAGAAGGCGGUCAAGUCCAAGUAAAUUGGCUUUGUUCA